AUGGAUAUGAUGAAGAAGCGAAAGCUAGAUGAAAACGGUGGUGGACUCAUAACCAAUGGUGGUGGAAACAUUGGUCCGACUCGAUUGACGCCGCAGGACGCGCGGAAGAUCAUCGAGCGAUUCUCCACUGAUCAGCUGCUCGACAUCUUGCAAGAGGCUAUCGUAAACCAUCCCGAUGUGCUUGAAAUUGUCCGAUCAGCUGCUGAUUCUGAUAUCUCGCUGCGGAAGCUAUUCAUCCGUGGCCUCGCGGCGGAUACCACAUCGGAAGGUCUCCGUUCGCUUUUCUCCAAUUACGGAGAUCUCGAGGAAGCGAUUGUGAUCCUCGACAAGGUGACUGGGAAAUCAAAAGGGUAUGGUUUCGUCACUUUUAUGCACGUGGACGGAGCUAUGCUCGCUCUGAAAGAGCCGUCUAAGAAAAUUGAUGGGCGUGUGACUGUCACGCAGCUCGCGGCAUCUGGAAAUCAAGGUACGGUCUCUCAGGUUUCUGAUAUAUCGAUGAGGAAGAUCUAUGUGGCGAAUGUGCCGUUUGACAUGCCGGCGGAUAGACUGUUGAAUCACUUUAUGGCGUAUGGGGAUGUUGAGGAAGGUCCUUUGGGUUUUGAUAAGAUUACUGGGAAAUCAAGGGGCUUUGCGUUGUUUGUCUACAAGACAGCAGAAGGUGCGCAGACGGCACUUGCUGAACCGGUCAAGAUGAUUGACGGAAAACAUUUGCAGUGUAAGUUGGCUGUUGAAGGUAAUAAGAAAGGAGGGAAGCCUCUAAUGCGGCAAGCUCAGGAUGGGGGUCCUGGUCAUGGACACGCUCAUGGUGAAGGAAUGGGAAUGGUUCGUCCUCCAGGACCUUAUGGUCCUGGUGGUGGUGGCUUGAGUGCUUACGGUGGGUAUGCUACAGGACCACCACCACCGCAUCACAUGAAUUCCACACCGUCCUCAAUGGGUGGGUAUGGUGGACACUAUGGUGGAUAUGGAGCUCCAGGUUCUGGUGGGUAUGGUGGAGUUGGCGGCGGUGGCUAUGGUGGUGGUUCUGGUGCUGGAAGUGGGCAGUAUAGAAUGCCACCGAGUUCGAUGCCUGGUGGUGGUUAUCCCGAGAGUGGGCAUUAUGGUAUUUCAUCAUCUGGUGGGUAUCCUGGACAGCAUCAUCAGGCUGUUGGAACCUCCCCUGUGCCAAGAGCUCCUCUUGGGGGAAUGUACCCCAAUGGCCCGCCAAAUUACUGA